GCCAUAUUCCAGCGCAAUAAUGUAGGCAAGGGAAGGGAUUCAGAGAACACGGCUUCCAAGGAAGCAGCAGCCAAAUGGAGGGCGACACCGGCGGCGGCGUCAGGGUCGUCUCCCGGCGCAUGGUGAGACCGUUGACGACGCCGGACGGGAACGGCUACCAUCAUCCGAAGGAGGAGAUCGAGGUGAUCCAUCUGACGCCGUGGGACCUUCGCGUCAUCAGCAUCGACUACAUCCAGAAGGGCAUCCUCCUGCCCAAGCCUCCUUCUGGCGGCGAUCACCUCGUCAACGCCUUGGCGUCCUCCUUUGCGCGAGCACUGGGGCAGUUCUACCCGUUCGCCGGCCGGCUCGCCGCCAAGGAGCGCGGGGACGGAACUGUGACCCUGUCUUUGCUCUGCACCGGCGAAGGCGCCGAGUUCGUGCACGCCACAGCUCCUGGUGUCGCCGUCGCGGACAUCGUCUCCUCGCUCUAUACGCCGUUCGUGGUCUGGGCGUUCUAUUCCUACAAUGGGGUUCUCGGUGCGGAUGCCGCCGUCGAGCCCAUCCCUGUGCUGUCCGUGCAGGUCACCGAGCUCGCCGACGGUGUAUUCAUCGGCAUGUCGUUGAACCACACUGUCGGCGACGGCACAGCUUUCUGGCACUUCCUCAACACCUGGUCGGAGAUCAACCGCGGCGGUGUUAUCGGCGACGACCUGCGCGAGCUAUCCACGCCGGCGCCGGUGCUCCGGAGGUGGUUCAUCGAGACCAGCCCGGUCCCGAUCCCCAUGCCGUUCAGCAAGAUGGAGCACGCCGUUCGGCGGUUCGAGCGCACGGCGGUGCAGGAAUGCUUCUUCACCUUCUCCGCGGCGAGCGCCAAGAAGCUCAAGGCGCGGGCCAACGACGAGAUGGCCGGCACGGCCACCGCCACCAUCUCCUCGCUCCAGGCGGUCCUCGCGCACCUCUGGCGCGCCGUGUGCCGAGCCCGGCGACUCCCGCCGGAGCAGGGCACGUUCUACACCGUGGUCGUCGGAUGCCGGGGACGCGUGAACGGCAUACCGCCGGGCUACGUCGGCAACGCCAUGGUGUUCGGCAAGGCGGAGGCCACCGUCGGCGAGAUCGAGGAGAAGGGUCUGGGGUGGACGGCGUGGCUGCUGAACCGCGCCGUGGCGUCGUUCGACGAGGCGAGCAUGAGGGAGUCACUGGAGCGGUGGAUCCGGCAGCCGGACUUCACAUACAUGGGCAACCUGUCGUCCGGCGCCACGGCGCUAGUUACAGGGAGCUCGCCGCGAUUCGACGUGUUCGGAAAUGACUUCGGGUGGGGGAAGCCGGUGGCGGUCCGGAGCGGCUCAGGGAACAAGGCUGACGGCAAGGCGACGGUGUUUGAAGGGCCGGAGCGGGGAGGGAGCAUGUCGCUGGAGGUGUGCAUCGCGCCGGACGCGCUCGCGAGGCUCGUCGCCGACGAGGAGUUCAUGGACGCCGUGACCUUGCAGACGUGACGUUCACCGCGCAUUAACUACUUAAUUGACAAGCUGCCAUGUUCAUUGAGACCAUCUUUGUUUGUUGCAUCUUCCAUUCUCUACUACAGCUUGCAUUGGAGUCAAACAGUUUGAAAAUAUGAAAUUAAGGUCGUGUUUGAGAACGUGCCACAUCAACUACUGGUUUAAGUUACCAGGAAAUGUAGCAGAUCGAUUAACACAGCUCAGUAACCAGAAGCUUGGUGUAAAAGAGAUUUGCAUU